GCUUGCGAAGACCAGGGAGUGGAACAUCAAACAGGUGAAACCUGGCCAUCACAUACUUCACCUUGCGAUAUAUGCGAGUGUCAAAGUGGAACGGUCAUCUGCAAACCACGUCAAACAUGUCCUGUCCAAUGCAGUAAUGGUGUCAUCAGGCCAGGAGAAUGUUGCUCACAGUGCACAGGUUUGUUGAAGUAUUUGUGCAAAAAAAAAAGGGCCAGAUUUUUGUAAUUACUUUCAACAUUAAUCUUUAAACACCAUUAAACCUGUGUCAUGACUAUUUUCUGCAUGCAUUUGAAUACAAAAGAAGUAGAGAAAUAAUUAAGAUUAAAGGACACCUUUUUUAUCCUGUACUAUCUAAGUUGGUUCUCUUCUUUUAACAGAGUGUCUUUUCGAAGGAAGAGUAAUCUCAGAUGGUGAAAUUGUCACUUUCAGUGGAGGUGACACUUGCCGAAUAUGUACUUGUCAGAGGGGCAAUAUGAAUUGCCGCAUUAUGCUUACAGACCAGGAGUGUUCCAAGUUGAAUUGUGGCAGGACUGAAGUACCAUCAGGGGAGUGCUGUCCAACCUGUGCAGGUAAAUGACUUCCUUUUACUGUUUGAGGGCCCUUAGAUUUUUUUUCUUAAAAAUAAACAAAAACACUAGCUAAACAUUUUAUUACAAUAUUUUUUAUCAACAUAGUUACACUGUAUAUAAACUGCAUGGUUUUGAUCUGUGCAAUUUAUAUUUCUUAUAUGCUUUUAUUAACUGUGAUAAACAAAAAACACUUUUUUCACCGCAUUUUAUUAAAAUUUUGUUUUCAGGUUGUGUAUAUAAAGAUAAAAAAUUCAAAGAUGGGGAAACAGUCUCACAAGAUAGCUGCUCACAAUGUGUUUGCAAAGAAGGUUGUUUUGAUGGUGUACAA